CUUGUGCGAGAUGUCGUUUUCUGCCGGAGAAAGUUCUGCCGCAACGGGAGACCCUCAAGAUUUCAAUAAAUUCUUUGGUGAAAUUAACAGUCCAUCCGAAGCUGCGAAAACAAUCAAAGCAAUACCUAAACCAUCAGUCGCUCUCCCAGAAUCUUCAGAAUGUGCAUCAUAUUGUGCUAGUUGGGUUAACGACCAGAGUUUUGAGAUUUUACCAACCGAUGAAGAAAAUAGGCAAACGGAAUUCAGUUCCUCUCCACUUUCGGAUAGUGUUCAUAGUUGCCUAGGAUUUAAUCGAAAAAAGGAAAGAAAACGGAGGACGUCUGGAGAUAUUGAACAAACUGAUAAGAGGAAGAGAACAGAAGAACGACCUUCUGAUAAAAUAACAUUUGCUUCUAAUGUCUUCGACAACCUGGCUCGUGUUACUGCUGAGAGAGAUAACCCAGAAAAACUAUCGAAGUAUAAGAAUAUUCCUGGAGUAGGGACAAGAGAGAAUAUUGAUGAAGGAAUAAGUGAUAUAAAUCAGCCAUCAUCAAAAAGUAGUGGUGUUAAAUCGAAAUACGUCGAAGUGAUGUCAUUGUUUCAGAAAAGUAUACAAAAGUUCUCCAUUAUGAAUCUUGAUUACAUGUACACAUUUGACUGGAACCACUACUCGAAAAAGAACAUUCAAUAUGUUGUGUUCACAAAGGUCUGCCAAUCACACGCCCCAGGUCAUUUUGUCGAGAUGCUAAAGGAAGAUUGUAGUUGCCGAGACUGUGGAAGUGCUGAUUUGGCAGUUAAAGUUCGCCUUACAGUACCACUUGAUUUGUCUGAUAUCCCGAUACCAUGCAGUGAAGAUAUACAGAUCCACGUGUCAUUUCUGGCUGACGAUCUCUUGGAAAGACAUAUAUCAUCAAAUGUGAAUAGAAGUUCGAAUAGAGAUGAUCUGGACUUUUCGAGAAGAACGUGUGAAAAGAUGUACGAUUUGUAUCAAAAAAUGAUGAGAGGACAAUCAAGUCGCAUGUACACAGAAUGGUUCGAUAAGUGCAAAAUUUUUGUGAAGAAUUUUCUCUUCUCCAAGUCGCUUCAUCUUUAUCACGGAAAUGUAAUACGUCGAAAGAUUGAAGAGAGUCAAACGUUGAAUAAACGACGAUGCUUCAUCUUUGCACAAAUUUUUGAUCUCGAAUAGUUUUUGUUUAAAUUUUUUUAUUUCUUUGGAUCCUCUUGAAUCUCAAAAUCGACUGUGCCAUUUUUUGUUGUUUUUUAAUAAAUUGUUUUGAAAU